AUGAGCGCGAAAAGAAAGCGCUUAGAAGAUACGGCGGAGAACUCUCCUCCAGAAGGUACUCCAACACCAAAAAGACGGAAAGGAAGAAUCUCUGCAAAAGAACGAGAGCGAAUUUCCGAAGAGAAUCGUAAAGCUCAAGGGGUUUACAAUGUGCUCAGACAGCAUACUGACAGCGAAAACAGGCAACUGGCGGAGAAGUUCAUCCGAACUCCUUCUCGCAGGGCAGAGCCUGAUUAUUACAAGCAAGUGAAGUCUCCCAUAGAUUUCACGAGAAUUCAGCAAAAACUCAAGACUGAGGAAUACCAGACAUUUGAGGAAUUUUGUGAAGAUGUAGAACUUCUAGUUGACAAUACUAGAACGUAUUACAAGGAAGAGUCUGAAGAGCACAAAGCCGCUAUGGAGCUUCUAGAGAUUUACAAGGAUGCCCGAGAAAAGAUCAAGAAAGGAGAACCUCUUGAAAAAGAUGUUAAUGAUGGGGAUCCCUCAAGUUCUGGAUGUGCCAGUCCCAUCAGUUUAGUGAGGUCAAUCUCUCCCGUACCGAGCUCUCGAGCAUCGUCUAAUGGUUCCUCGGAUGAGAUUGAAAUCGACAUGGUUGAGGAUAUCCUGUGUGCAUUACUGGAAUUGACAGAUUCGACCGGUCGACUGAUUUCGCCGCCUUUCCGAGUUCUUCAAAGCAAGGAGGUAAAUUAUGGUGUGUGUCAAAACUUAUCACGCUGCAAUUUCCAUUCUGGGCUAUUUGAGGAGUUUCCUGUAUAUUAUGAGAAAAUUCGCCAUCCAAUGGAUUUGAAAACGAUUGCCGAGAAGGCCAGAGCUGGCUUGUACAAGCGAAUGUCUCAGGUUGAAACAGAUGUCCGACUGCUUUGUCGAAACGCUCAGGUAUUCAGUGGAAAAGGAAGUGAAAUCUAUAAAGACGCCGUUGCUCUGAUGAGUUUCUUCAAGGAGAAGCGCGACCAGGUUUUAGAGAAGGGUGUUCAUCCUAAGCGCCGAGACAAAGUCCACCGUGCAGUUGACGGGCUUCUUAUACAAGCCGCACUCCCAGCAACAUCUGAACUCUCUGAAGAUUCCGAGGAGGAUGAAGACACCGAGGAGAGCGAUGAUCCAUUGUGGAAACUUUACUGGACCGUUCGGAACGCUCCGAAUGAAAAAGACCGUGAAACGAAUCUUUCCGACCCAUUUCUCGAACUGCCAAGUCGAAGUUAUUAUCCUGACUACUUUGAUGAAAUAUCUCGUCCAAUGUCUUUGUUCAUGAUAAAUAAGAAGCUGAAGAGGAAUGAUUAUAAAACGUUUGAAGAACUUUUCAAAGAUUUUAUGCAGGUGUUUGAAAAUGCGUGUGAGUACAACAUGGAGUCGUCCGAUAUUUUUAUCGCUGCGCAAAAACUGCAAAAUCUUACGAUUCGAAAGGCUCGUGAGCUUCAGCCGAGCCUUGAUCUCUCGCAAUAUGACAAGAAGUCGAAAGCUUCAAAAACUCCAAAGACUCCUAAGGCUUUGAAAGCAGAAUUAGACACAGACUCAGACGAUAAGAACACUCCGCCGCCAGAGAAGAAAAAAUAUCGCUCGCCGAAGAAAAUGCGGCCGAUAUCCACAGGGAUGACCGCCGAACAUGUCUCUUUACCUGGUCGACCUGGCCGAAAAAGUAUGGACGAACUCAUGUUGCGAUUUCGGCAAAAGCUGAUGACCUUUUGGGAUCUCAUUUACAACCACAAGAUUGGAAUAUACUGGCCUGCUGGUGCAUUUAUGGAACUGCCUUCUUCUCGGGAAUAUCCUGAUUAUUAUCAAGUCAUUGAACACCCUAUUGAUAUGAAAAUCAUAAGGGAUAAAAUAGAGAACAACAGGUAUGAGUCGUCGGUGCAACUAAUGGAGGAGUUCACCAUUCUUUUCAAUAAUGCCCGGCAAUAUAACGAGGCGAACUCACAAAUUGCACGCGAUGCUGCAGUUUUGUUGAGUAUGGUAACAACAGCACAUGCAACCGACAAGGACGCUCCCUAUGAAAGCCCUCUUGCAUUAAAGCAAAAGUUUGGUUGGCUCAAGACGAAACUUCCCAAACCUCUAAAAGGUGGGGCCAAGUCUGCGAACGGUCUGGUUAACGGCGCUGGUGGCUUCUCGGACGAUGAUUCUUCGAAUUCCUCUGUUAGGAAUCCAGUUCCAACUCCUCCUCAAAAAGUUAGGUCUACACCGAAAGUUGAGAGGAAGUUUGAAGACAUGAUUACGAGGCUUCCCGCACAUGAACAACAAAUGUGGAGAUUGUAUUCUGUAGUCAGAGAUGCUACCGAUUCGGACGGCAGGAAACUUGCGGGUGCCUUCAUUAAGCUGCCUACCAAAGAAGAAUAUCCCGACUAUUAUGAAGUUAUCAGAAAGCCAAUGGAUCUCCAAAGAGUACAGCAUCGGCUGCAAGCUCACGGCUAUGGGAGAUGGAUUGAUCUCGUUGCCGAUCUUUCUCUUAUGUUAGAAAAUGCCUGUAAAUAUAAUGAACCUGAAAGUACGAUCUACAAGGACGCUGUCGCUUUGCAACGGCUGGUAAUGGAGAAGAAGCGUGAGCUUGGUGCUGCUGAAGAUUGCAUGCCUCGUGUGCAGAUGGAGAUUCGCUCUAUGUUUACCAACAUCUUCGUUGCUGUCUUUAGCAAGAAGGACUCCGACGGGCGAUGCAGAUGUGACUCUUUCGCUGAGCUUCCAGAUUUGUUGAAAGCUCGUGGAUUUCCACGAGAUGAGUGGCCAUUUUCUUUGGAUCAGAUCAAGCGAAAUAUCGAUAAGGGCCGCUAUCGCCGUCUCGAUCGAUUUCAAAAGGACUUCUUCGAUCUUUUCGAUCGCGCUCGAGAGCUCAGUCGAAGUGACUCGAAGCUUUUCGAAGAUGCAACAGAACUUCAACUGACCUUUAUUCGAGAACGUGAUGCUCAAUGUAAAGGAGUGCUUGUGUCGACAGCUUUCAUCGCUAUAGAAAAUCAUGUACUGGAAGCCGUUGAGAAGCUCAAAAAGUCCAAAAUGCAUCAAGAGGCUGAGAUUCAGCGUCGGGAGAGUAAUGACCAAGAGAUCGAGAAACAAGAAGGUGAAGUAGACUUGGACUCGCUCAACUUUGAUGGCGUCGAGUAUACAACACCAUCUUAUGCUUACAUCUCUCGGACAGAUGACAACUCUCGAGCUCCUCCACACAUAAUGCGUAUAGAACGGAUUUUCAAAACGGACACUGGUGAAAUGAUGGUACGUGGAAAAUGGGUGUAUAGGCCACACGAGACCCUGCACUUAGCGAACCGAAAGUUUAUCGAGAAUGAAGUUUUCAUCACGCCAUUCAUUGAUACGGUACUAGCGGAAAGGCUGUGCGGAAAGUGUAUGGUUGUUCCUGUGAAAAUCGCCAUGCAUAAUGUCGUCGAAGGUGUCAAUCCAAGCGACUUGUUCGUCUGCGAAUGUCGAUAUCUUGGAAAACCGCGCUAUUUCACGAAGAUCAAGACUUGGCCAUUCCCUGAAGAGGAGGAUGCGUUGAAACUUACAUCUAGAUCGCGUCCACUCUCUCCUGUACGCGUAACAAGUAACUUUAUGAAUGUGGAUGGCGUGGCGGACAGAGAGGAUGACGAGAAAUCUCAGACGCAUUCUUCGUCCAGCUCUGAAGAGGACGAUCGGCUUCGGGACUCAGUGAUUCUUGACAUUGAUCGACCAGAGAUUCCUGCUCGUGCCGAGGCUGAUGCCGAUGGAAGAACUUACCUUUACGCGAUGCGCACUCACAGUGGAAAAUAUCAUGAUGUUGGACAAUUCGUGCUUGUAUUCAACCCGCAAAAGCCAACGUGUGAUGUGAUGCGUAUCGACAAGCUGUGGAGAGAUAAAGAUGGAAGCGAGUGGUUCAGUGGAGGUUGGUUGGCACGUCCAGCAGAAAUCCAGCAUGACUGUGGACGAACAUUCUACGUGCGAGAGGUGUUCGCUGUUGAUCAACCAGACCAGACGAGACGUAUCGAAGACAUCCAAAGUCACUGUGCGGUUCUCACCCCGAAGGAAUUUGUGAAAGAGCGCCCAACUGAGAUUCCCGAGUGCGACGUUUUUGUGUGUGAAUCACGUGUUCCUGGCAUUUCCUUUGCGAAGGGAGAGCCUUCUUCACUCUUCCCUAAGCCUUUGGAGAAGACCUCCGCGGAUGAUGAAAAUUACGAUCCGUUAAAUGGUAGCGCUCCAAUGCAUAUAGAUUCGGCUAAACCUGUUCGGAAAUUCAAGCAGUACAAAGGCGCACGCCUGCCGGAUGCUGAGCUCUUUAUCUUCAAGACACCAAUAAUUAUGGAAAAGGAAAUGUCACCAUUAGUACACAACGGAUCGAAUGGUCCAUCUGAGUUAGACAUGGAACUCGACGAAAAUGAUACCGAUGGAGCUGAGUCAACAGCAAGCAAAGUGUCUGGUCUCAUGUCAAAUUGGCUUGCCGCUCAGCCAAAGCUGACGGCAAAGAGCAAAUCUGGGUACAUUCUAUUCUCGGCUGAAAUACGAAAACGAAUUAUGCACGAGAACCCUGACUCGGGCUUCGGUGAAGUGUCGAAGAUUGUAGGAAUCGAGUGGAAGAAGUUGUCAGAUGAUCAGAAGAGGCAGUACGAAGUCCGUGCUGAGUACAUAGCUAGUGAACGUGCCAAGCAAGAAGCGGCUAGAGCUGCAACAGAGAAGUGUCUUCAGCCUGGCCAAAUCCGUAUAUACAUGUGCAAGUGGAUCAAUUGUGAUUCUCAGUUCGAUAGCGAAAAUGGUCUUUAUGAGCACAUUGUGCAGCACCAUACAAGCCAGAUCAUCAUGGACAGUGAACAGCAGUACGUGUGUAUGUGGGUGACGUGCGUUAGAAACAGAAAGGAGGGGAAACCGUUUCCAUCUCUACCUCGUCUUCACCGCCAUAUGAAGGAAAAGCAUAUUGGUACCUCAGUGAAGAGUGUUUAUGCGAAUCAAAUUGGCAAGAAUUUCUUCAAACUGACGACCCAAACUACACCGGGUGGAGAGACCACAACCAGUCUUGUUCACAUUCCAUACGGAAGGGGUCUAGCCCAGAUGCCUCAAGCGCCUUCAACUCCUCAAACCCCUCAUGUCAAUGGUCAUGCGAACGCAGCGCCUCACCUUAACGGCGAACAUCACUAUUCUCCACAAGUGCAGCAAUCACAUCAACCUCCCACUGCUCAAAUGCCUUCGCAAGUCGCUCAUCAAGCUACGCCUUCUUGCUCACAAGGACCCAUGCCAUCGUCGUCAAUGGCUAUGCCUACAAUUACUGAUGCUGGUCGUACUGUCGUGAAAUCUCAGGGAGUAGAGCCAGUCUUUGUGGCACCGCCUUCGUCGGUUCACGCGCGUCGUGUGUUGCACUCGGAAACAUAUCUUAGGUAUAUUGAGUCGCUUUCGUCGAACCGCCAGCGCAGUGUCUCCAAAUGGGACGCAUCGUUGAGCACGAAUCCACGCAACGCCCAGCCGAAUGCGGCUCGACCGCCCCCGACACAUUGGAUCAGAGAAUCUCGUGGGAGACCGGUCGCUCGAGAAGAGGACGUGGUGCGUGCACUGUGGCGGCUGCGAGAUGAGCUACUUGAAAGUACUUGUAAUAUGUCAGUAGAGAGGGAUGUUGGUGGUGUUUUAUGA